GCCAAUGGGAUUGCUGCUGGGUGAUGUCAUGCUGCUGUGUGGUGCUGAUGCUGCUGAGCUGCAAUCUUCAUUGUGCACACAGACGCUCCAGAGCAUCACUGCAGGGAACAGACUCUACCUCACAGAGACAACACCAGAAUGAUUCCAGCAGUAUACAGAGAAAAGAUGCGAGAGCUCCCCCUGGUGUCUUUGUUCUGUUCCUGCUUCCUGCCCAAGCCCAUCGACACAGCAGUGGACACAAAAGAAGGCGUGGUGGACUUGAACCUGUGCAGCAUCCGCGACAUGGAGAUCAUUGAGCUCAACAAGCGAGCAAGCGGUCAGGCCUUUGAGGUCAUCCUAAAGCCGCCAACCUUUGAUGGUGGGCCUGAGCUGAGGGCAACUACACCCCCUCGUCCUAAACCAUCACUGGAAGAGAUCCAGAAAAAACUGGAUGCUGCUCAGGAAAGGAGGAAGUGUCAAGAAGCAGAACUUCUGAAGCACCUGGCCGAGCGCAGAGAGCAUGAACGCGAAGUCGCCCAGAAAGCUUUACUGAAAGAACACCGUGUGGAUGCAAGAAAGGAACAGCAGGAGAAGGAAAAGCACUGUGUGGAGGUGUCCUGAUGGCCUGAUCACAACACAAGCUGAACUUCAUUUGGAAGCCAUUUUUGGAAGGCACUGAUGUGCUGGAAACCUGGCGCCGCUCUGAGUGGAAGGACUGACAUGUUUCUACAAAUGAGCUAAAGAAGGAGAAAAAGAUGAUGUGGAGGACAGAGUCUGACUGUGUGACCUCCAUUGUUCAACGGGACUCUAUUCCAACAGAUGAACUUUUUCGAAAACAUCAGGACAUUCAGUGAUUCACAAG